AUGAUGGCUCAGUCUCCUCCAACAUAUCCCAACAAAGCGACAGUAACAGUUUCUGCCGAAACAGUGAAGGAGUUUGCAAAACAAAGAAAGUUGCGAGGUGGGUUUUAUAGAUUAUCGUGUAUGAAGGGACCGUUGAGGUUGCUGUGGACACAGCAUCGUGGAAAAGACGAUGGUAUGAAGAACAAUGUGGCUUUUUGGGGAAAGUGUGGAAUGCCACAUGACAUACCAACGUCUCUCUGGCUUUCGCUCUCAGACUAA